UUUCUAUUGGCUGGCCCGGAAACAAGAAGCGACCCGCGAGGUGAGGCGGGCGCGGAGGAAGGCGGAAGAGAAGGCGCAGGACUCCGACAUGGAAGAGUUUAAAGAUGGAAGCCCACCUGAAGAAUUACUUGGUCACUUAAAGCUUUCUGAUCAGAAGGCAUCGCAGAGCACCAGCUCGUUGGCUUCUGGCCCUAAAGAUGUCCACAAUCCCCAAAAUAUGGGAAGUGGCUAUGCAGCAUCUUCAGCCAAAGAUCCCACGAUAGCAGAUGAGUGUUUCCAUGACUGUCAUGACUCCUUUGAGGUGAAAGAACCUAUACUGGAUGACGAAGGGAAUAUACAGAAUGACGAAAAUAGCACAAGGAAGCAGACAGAACUAGAUGAAGAAUACUUACUGGAACUAGAAAAAGAUAUGCCAGAGGAAGAAAAACAGAAAAGAAGAAAGGAGAGCACAACACUGAAGGAGAAAGGAAAUGAGCAGUUCAAGAAAGGAGACUAUGGAGAGGCAGAAGACUCAUAUACGAAGGCUCUGCGGAUUUGUCCAGCCUGCUUCCAGAAAGAUAGGGCUGUUUUGUUUUCAAACAGAGCUGCUGCAAAAAUGAAGCAGGACAAGACAGAAGCUGCCCUAAGUGACUGCAGCAAAGCAGUGGAAUUAGAUCCUAACUAUAUUAGAGCUUUGCUGAGGAGAGCAGAACUAUAUGAAAAAACAGAAAAACUAGAUGAAGCUCUGGAGGAUUAUAAAGCAGUCCUAGAAAAAGACCCAUCAGUUCAUCAGGCCAGAGAAGCUUGCAUGCGAUUACCUAGACAAAUUGAAGAACGGAAUGAAAAAUUAAAGAAAGAAAUGUUAGGCAAACUGAAAGAUCUUGGGAAUUUGGUUCUCCGCCCCUUUGGCCUGUCAACAGAAAAUUUCCAGAUAAAACAAGAUUCAUCAACUGGUUCAUAUUCCAUCAAUUUUGUUCAAAAUCCAAACAACAAUAGAUAACGUGAAUUCAUUCUAGUUCUGCUGGCUUUCAGGCUUUGUGACCGUGUGCUUGCACGUACCACUAAAAGGAAUCAGCAGACAUUCUUCACGCUAUCCAAGUGAAGAUAGACUCGAGCAUUUUCAUUUCCCUGCUUGUAAAAUUAUUUACAACGUGGAUGUACAGAAAGUAAUUUGACUUCUUAGUGAUAACUAUGUCCAGUGUGUGAUUUUUCAGUUGCAGUUUUUGGCAUGUCCAACAGUCAGGUUCAUUAUUUUGGCCCAUUCAAUGCUGGCAACAACAUUCUAGCAAGUAAUUCAGCUGAAUCAAAAUGCCUGUGCACCUGUGGCCAAGAACAAAGUCUAACAGUGUCUUGGGGGAUUAAUGCAGCUAGCAGAAGCACUUCUCCAUGCUCAGCAGGUGGAUAUGACUGACAGCAUGCAUAGAACCAAGCUGACCUCUUCUGUGGAAUAUUUUUUCUUUGUAAUAAAGGCUUGGUAUUUCUGUUG